AGACUGCGAACCUGGCCUCUUACUCUGCGUCCACCAGGUGGCGCUGCGGUCAUUACUCUCUCUGUGCACCGGGUGGCGCUGCGGUCAUUACUCUCUCUGUGCACCAGGUGGCGCUGCGGUCAUUACUUUCUCUGUGCACCAGGUGGCGCUGCGGUCAUUACUUUCUCUGUGCACCAGGUGGCGCUGCGGUCAUUACUCUCUCUGUGCACCAGGUGGCGCUGCGGUCAUUACUCUCUCUGUGCACCAGGUGGCGCUGCGGUCAUUACUCUCUCUGUGCACCAGGUGGCGCUGCGGUCAUUACUCUCUCUGUGCACCAGGUGGCGCUGCAGUCAUUACUCUCUCUGUGCACCAGGUGGCGCUGCGGUCAUUACUCUCUCUGUGCACCAGGUGGCGCUGCGGUCAUUACUCUCUCUGUGCACCAGGUGGCUCUGCGAUCAUUGCUCUGCAUCCACCAGGUGGCGCUGCGGUCAUUACUCUCUCUGUGCACCAGGUGGCGCUGCGGUCAUUACUCUCUCUGUGCACCAGGUGGCGCUGCGGUCAUUACUCUCUCUGUGCACCAGGUGGCGCUGCGGUCAUUACUCUCUCUGUGCACCAGGUGGCGCUGCGGUCAUUACUCUCUCUGUGCACCAGGUGGCGCUGCGGUCAUUACUCUCUCUGUGCACCAGGUGGCGUUGCGGUCUUUGCUCUGCAUCCACCAGGUGGCGUUGAGGUCUUUGCUCUGCAUCCACCAGGUGGCGUUGAGGUCUUUGCUCUGCAUCCACCAGGUGGAGCUGUGGUCAUUGCUCUGUGUCCACCAGGUGGCGUUGUGGUCAUCACUCUGUGUCCACCAGGUGGAGCUGCGUGGUGCCCUGGCUUUGUUCUGUGUUCUCCAUCUUGACCACAAGAGGUCAGCGAAGAGACGGCAGAGUGUGGACCACGUGGGCGCUAGAAGAUGGACACUUCUCAGCGGGCCGCGGUGUCCUUCACAGAUGUGGCCGCCUCGUUCUCGGGGGAGGAGUGGGACAUCCUGGAGGAAUGGCAGCGCCAUCUGUACGGGAACGUGAUGCGCGAGAUCCACAAUGUGCUGCUCGAUCUCGGGUACCAUAUUGAGAACUCGGAGGUCCUGUACCGAAUCGUCAGCAAGGAAGAAACCAGCAAGUGUGGUCAGCGCCAGGAAGGGCUUGGACCGGAUAUUAUGUUGAGAAUAAAUUACCAGGGGGCCGAGGUGGAGGACCCUGAGCAGAGGGUCAUAAAGACUGAGCUGGAUUCACUGCCUGAGGUUAAGCAGGAAAAAGGUAUAUAUGACACCGGUGUCCCUGACACAUCCCAGGACGAGGGGCCACGCUCCACUCCAGGUACCUCCCCCCAUAUGUGUCCCUCCUUAUCUGUACUGUCUUGCUCCUUCCUUAUAAAUACAUUUAUACCCCCAUUAUUUGCAGCAAUGUGCACUCAGUCUCCGUCUUUGCCCCCUGGUCUUGUCGUUUACCCUGUGACUGUAAAGAAGGAGGCAGAGGACGGCGGCGGUGACUCCCAGCUCUCUGGAAUAAUUGAGGAAUGGAAAAUACAGUCAUGAGAAAGUUCCUUCAGAAUUGUCAUUUUAUGAGGAAUAUGAGUAGUUAAUAAAACAGAGGUGACAGGACUUCCUCAGAAAUCAGUUCUACAAUAUUAAUGUAUACUCAAAAAAUAUAUAAUAA